GGACUCUCCAGCAUGUGCCUGUUCGCUUAGUGCUGCUCUCCUGAUAAAUCACAACAAAGCUUCCAGAGGGAGAGGAGGAUGGACAACAACAAUGUCCCUCUCACUAAAUCUGGAACUGCCAAGUUAGUUAAGAAAAAUUUCCUUGAGGCGCUAAAGUCAAAUGACUUCGGAAAAUUGAAGGCUAUUUUAAUCCAAAGGCAAAUAGAUGUGGACACAGUGUUUGAAGUUGAAGAUGAGAACAUGGUUUUGGCAUCUUAUAAACAAGGUUAUUGGUUGCCUAGUUAUAAGUUAAAGUCGUCCUGGGCAACAGGUCUGCACCUGUCUGUCCUGUUUGGUCAUGUGGAAUGUCUUCUGGUGCUCUUGGACCACAAUGCCACCAUCAACUGUAGACCCAAUGGAAAAACUCCUCUUCACGUGGCUUGUGAAAUGGCCAACCUGGACUGCGUGAAGAUCCUCUGCGACCGGGGAGCAAAGCUCAAUUGCUACUCCCUAAGCGGACACACGGCUUUGCACUUCUGUACGACUCCGAGCUCCAUUCUCUGUGCCAAGCAGUUGGUAUGGAGAGGUGCAAACGUGAACAUGAAGACCAACAACCAGGAUGAGGAGACGCCCUUGCACACGGCCGCCCACUUCGGCCUCUCGGAGCUGGUGGCCUUCUACGUGGAGCACGGGGCCAUAGUAGACAGCGUGAACGCCCACAUGGAGACCCCACUGGCCAUCGCCACCUACUGGGCCCUCCGCUUUAAAGAGCAGGAGUACAGCAGGGAGCACCAUCUCAUCUGCCGCAUGCUGCUUGACCACAAGGCCGAGGUCAAUGCCCGGGAUGACGACUUUAAAUCUCCCCUCCACAAGGCAGCCUGGAACUGUGACCACGUGCUCAUGCACAUGAUGCUGGAAGCUGGUGCAGAAGCCAAUCUCAUGGAUAUCAAUGGCUGUGCUGCCAUCCAAUACGUGCUGAAGGUCACCUCGGUGCGACCUGCCGCCCAGCCGGAGAUCUGCUACCAGCUGCUGUUGAAUCAUGGGGCUGCUCGAAUAUACCCUCCCCAGUUCCAUAAGGUGAUACAGGCUUGUCAUUCUUGUCCCAAAGCAAUUGAAGUUGUCGUCAAUGCCUAUGAACACAUCAGGUGGAAUAUAAAAUGGAGAAGAGCUAUUCCUGAUGAUGACUUAGAGAGGUACUGGGAUUUUUACCACUCUCUCUUCACCGUGUGCUGCAACUCUCCAAGGACCCUCAUGCAUUUAUCGAGAUGUGCCAUUCGAAGAGCAUUACACAACAGAUGCCACAAAGCAAUUCCUUUGCUUUCCCUCCCAUUGUCAUUGAAAAAGUACUUGCUUUUAGAGCCAGAGGGAAUCAUUUAUUAAGCCUUAUGAGACAGCAGUUCCCAAUCCUAGAUAUUUAAGUGGACUCGCUGGGUAGACACAGUUUGCAUAAAUAAAAUGGUACUUGGGUUGAUUAUAACACUUCAGGGAUUUCAAAACACUUUAUAAACACUAUGUCAUUAAUCCUGGAGUAUCGUGGUGAGGGGGAAAUAAACAAGGAAAGUUAAGGAAUUUUCAAAGACAAGAGUGUGUUCAGAAGGUACUUGUAUGACAGUAACAGCUGACAGAUAUAACGCUCUUACUAGGUGCCUGAGACGUUUUGUUAAACUCUGCAUAUAUUAUCUCAUCUGAAAUGGGACCCACAUUUUCUUACAACUUAUCUCACUCUCUACCUUAUCAAUAAUACGUUUACAUUACCAUUUAGUUUGCAACAUAGCAGGUUUUGUGAUGGGCCUCUUAAACUUGGCAUUUUCCAUUUAGCAGUGAUUACUGUUUAUAGUUUUGCAAACUCCUGUUCCCCACACCAAGCUCCUCAACUUUAGCGAGGAAUGCCCAUGAGCACAGGCGAAACAAGAUCUUUGAGUCCGAUUAGAAGCGAGAAAGAAAGACCGGUCCACUUAGUAGUCAGGAAUGGCCAUUUCAAUACACUCCUAUCAAGCCUGAGACUGGAGACGCAGAGAUGAGUCGAUGGGACUCUUGCUCUCCAGGACCUCACCAUUUAGCCGAGGAUCCGGACCUAUAAGCAGGUAACUGCAAUAGAAAAUGACGGGGCAAAAGUACAGGUGCAGACUCAUGUUUAUUGCUUACCUUUCAAAGUUGUGUUUCUGAUAUGAAGUGUGUGAUUAUUUUUUUGAAGCAUGGUAAUAAAGAGUGAAGGGAUUGUGUAGAGUAGAGGGUUCUCCUGCUAUUGUUAGGGUGAAAGUAUUUGAGUGUCUCUGAACAUCCAGAUAUUGUCUUACUUUAGUUUCCUAUUUAGUACCUUCCUGGACUCUUUGAGAAAAAUAUUACACACUCAGUGGCUCCUGUAUGUAUGACAAGGAAGUUAAGAAAGUGGGCGAAAGCAAGGGUGUAAGGGGGAAAGACGCUGUCAGUUACUUUGCUCUUUUUAUGUAGUAGACUGACAUGUGGAACAUUUUAGUUCAAAGAAAGGAGCACUUUGCUAGUGACAGCUGGUUUCAGAAAGUAAAUAAGAGUUUUUAAAAAUGGCACAAGUUUGAGAAACUUGGAAAGAUAAGUGUGUUAAUAAUCAGACCUGCUAGAAAGAGGAACGUAGCUAAUUCACCUCUGGGCCUCUUGGUUUAUGAGGUCAACUUUGCUUGGCUUUUUUGUUCUUACUAAUCACUUUUGGAUAAGCUCAUAGCCUCUUGGCAUUGCUUUUUUAGAGGUUAAAGCAGAAGUAAUUAGGUGCAAAAAAUGUAUUUGCCAGUUGCAAGCAGUUGUCUUUUAUUUGUCUGGUCCUCCAUCAUAUUUAACUUUGGAUGCUUGAGUGUUGAAUAGAGAUAAUGUCAAAUAUUCUGCUAGACUAGUAGUAGACUGUGCUUCUGAACUGGGAUUCUCCUACUCCCAGUGGAGGAAAAACCAUGGGUAGAUAUAAUAAUCUUUCUGAAAUAUUAGUUUUACUCAACUAAUUUAGGAGAAUAUUUUGUACUAAAAUGAGAUCUCUAUCAUGGGACAGAAUGCUGAAUUUGCAUGAAUUAUUCAUAUAAAACAUGAACUUUUAAAGAGUAGUUUGCUUGUAGUAAGUGGCAUAGAACACACCCCAGAACAUUUGAAGGAUUGCAAGCUCCCCUCCAUGGUAGGAAUGUUCUGGCAGAAAAAUCUGUGACAUAGUGACUUAGACAAGUAAGCUGAUACUGAGGAGACCACUUCCCACCUCUUCUUCUCCUCAGUAUCAAGAGAUAAAAACGUUUCCAGCUAGCUUGCGUGUGUUUAAACAUCUGUAUCAAUGUAGCAUAGAAUAUGUGGAUACUCAUUUUGAAAUGUUUAGUUGUGGACUUAAAGUGAUUUUUUUCUUCAUUUUUGAACUUUUCUUUAGAGAUCUUAAAUAAAGCUCUUCUGUUUCCUUUCA